AUGAGUAGCUACGAUCCAGUCGCUAUCAUCGGUCUGUCAUGUCGCUUCCCAGGUGGUGCCACAUCACCAGAGACGUUCUGGGACCUGCUGGUGUCAAAACGAGACUCUUAUUGUCUUCCGCCCAACAGAUGGAAUCCCGAUGGCUUCUUCCAUCCAGGGAAAGACAAACUACAUACAUUUUCAAAUAAAGGCGCGCACUUCUUAACCGAAGACAUCAUGGCUUUUGAUGCUGCCUUUUUCAAUAUCAGCCAAGCCGAAGCCACGGCGCUGGAUCCACAACAGCGCAUGACACUAGAGUUGGCGUACGAAGCCUUUGAGAGUGCAGGCAUUCCCAUAGAAGCGGUCGCUGGCACAAAGACAGGUUGCUUCAUGGGCUCCGCAACGUCUGAUUACCGCGAUACAAUCAACAGAGAUCCCGAUGCCAACCCGCGGUACUCGUUACUCGGCGUCAUCAACGAGAUGAUUGCCAAUCGGACUUCUUGGUUCUACAACCUAAAGGGGCCAAGCAUGACGAUACAAACUGCCUGUUCAUCCAGUCUCGUCGCGCUGCAUCUGGCGUGCAAAAGUCUGAUCAACGGCGAGUCUGAAAUGGCCAUAGCCGGCGGUGUCAACCUGAUGCUGAACCCGGACUUCUCAAUCUACCUUAAUAACAUGACCAUGAGCACAAAGGAAGGCCACUGCAAGUCCUUCGACGCUUCGGGAGACGGUUACUCCCGCGGAGAGGGCUGCGGCAUAGUUGUGCUGAAGCGGUUAGAUGAUGCCAUCCGCGAUGGCGACACUAUCCGCGCCGUCAUCCGUGGCUCGGGAGUCAAUUCAGACGGCUUUACCCAGGGUAUUACGAUGCCUAGUGCAUCAGCACAGGCGGAACUCAUCCGUGACGUCUAUCUGGCAGCCGGCCUGGAUUUGGCAGACACUCAAUAUGUUGAGGCCCAUGGUACAGGUACGAAGGUCGGAGACCCCAUCGAGUGUCGCGCCAUCUACGAGACACUCGGGAAGCGAGCAAGUCCAAAUCGCAAGCUCAUUCUCGGUAGCGUCAAGCCUAAUAUUGGCCAUCUCGAAGGUGCAGCCAGCAUGGCAGGUCUGAUAAAAGGCGUGCUGGCGCUCGAGAAAGGCGUAAUACCGCCUAAUUUAUAUUUCAAUAAGCCCAAUCCAGCCAUUCCAUUCGACAAGUGGAACCUCCAUGUUCCGACCAAGAUGACUCCUUGGCCGAGAGGAGAGACGAGACGAAUGAGUGUGAGUAGCUUUGGAGUAGGUGGUACCAACGCGCACGCCAUCGUGGAGAAUGCAAAGGAUCUGCGGAAACGUGCCACAGUCUUUGCUAACAACAACUCCAUCACGGGCUUACUGGGCAGUUCACUAGCUCCAGCGAAACCGCCGCAGAAGCAACUCUUCGUCAUCAGCAGCUACGACCAGGGAGGUGUAGCUCGGGUUGCGCAGACGCUGGUGUCUCACCUGGAUACUAUCCAAGCAACCGCUCCUCCAGAUUACGUUGCCGACCUUGCGUAUACCCUUGGUGUUAAGCGAUCCAAGCUCAACUGGAAGUACUACUGUGCUGCUUCCAGUCUAUCACAACUGCGCAACCAGCUAGCGUCACUCCAGGGGAAUGCUGCUGUUCGAUCCAACAAGACACCAUCACUCGGCUUCAUAUUCACCGGCCAGGGUGCACAGUGGGCUCGCAUGGGUAUCGAGCUGUUGGAGCGACCGGUUUUCAAAACAUCCAUGGACGAGUGCGACAUGUAUCUUGCUUCUCUCGGCUGCUCAUGGCGCGCAAUUGAUGAGCUUGGCCACAUGAGCGGAAAGUCCCGCAUCGAUGAACCUGAGGUAAGCCAGACGCUCUGCACGAUAUUGCAGAUAGCCCUAGUAGAUCUGCUCCGAUCGUAUGGCGUGACGCCCUCGCGGGUCGUUGGGCAUUCGAGCGGCGAGAUCGCUGCCGCAUACUGCAUCGGCGCCCUCAGUAAGUUCGAUGCCGUGUCUGUGGCAUAUCUCAGGGGUGUUGCAUCCGCGAGUAUGAAGAAGGUGGCUCCACAGUUCGACGGAGGCAUGAUGGCUGUUGGGGCUUCGCAACAUGACGUCGACGAAUUGAUUGCCCUGAUGGAUAACGCAGACCUCACAGUCGCCUGCGUAAAUUCUCCAUCCAACGUCACCGUCUCUGGCUCAGUUCAGCGUCUCAAACAGCUGCAGGCAACGCUGGACGAAAAAGGCAUUUUCGCGAAACGCCUUGCCAUCGACGUGGCGUACCAUUCCGAUCACAUCCAGGAAAUAUAUCCUUCCUAUGUCCAGGCCAUGGGCCACAUUCACGGAAUUCCUGCGCAUGAAGCUGGCGGGCCAGUCAUGUUUUCGAGCGUCGAGGGUGGACAGGCCGUACCCGAAUUACUUGGUGCUUUCUACUGGGGCCGCAAUCUCAUUAAUCCGGUCUAUUUCUCAGAUGCCUUGGCCGAGAUGGUUACAACGCCUGUAGAGGGCCAGCCUCCGUCGCCAUCUACGAAUGCCGUGGAUCUCUUGGUCGAGAUUGGGCCGCAUUCAGCUCUGAGCGGGCCAGUUGGGGAAGUUUUGGAGAAGAGUAACGUCAAAGGCAUUGAGUACCAGUCUGCAUUGAUCAGAGGCGUGAGUGCAAUCGAUAGCGUCCUGGAUCUGGCAGGGUGGCUCUUUGCCAGGGGUUAUCCAGUCGACAUCGGAAAAGUCAAUGGGGGCGAGUCAUUGAGAACCAUCACAGAUCUGCCGCCCUAUCCUUGGAACCACUCGCGAAGGUUUGAUGCGGGAUCUCGCAUCAACAGAGAAUUUUCGAUGAGAUCGCAACCUCAGAGGAGUCUGCUUGGUACCGCCUUCACGUCGAUUAGCGAAAGAGAGCGCAUCUGGCGCAGCCAUCUGCGCCUCGAAGAAGAAGGAUGGAUACGUGACCACAAGGUUGUGUCUGUCGUUCUGUUUCCUGGUGCUGGGCUCGUCGUCAUGGCCAUCGAGGCUGCACAGCAGAUGGCAGACGCCGGGAAGACAAUCAGAGCAUUGAAGCUGCGUGACAUCUCGUUCGGCACGGCCGUAGUCGUGAACGAGGACAAGGCCACAGAGGUCAUCAUCCACCUGCGCCCACAUCUAACAAGUACGGCCGGCUCAAGCUCAGAUUCUACUUGGCUCGAGUUCACGGUGUCAACAUCCGGCAGCGCAGACAUGCCAAUUCGAGAAAAUUGCCACGGUCUCAUUCAGAUCGACUACAAGGCAACCGAAGAUCAGCACAUGGCUCAUGAGCUGUCUUCGUUCUUGGAUGAUCAAAUUUCAAACUACAAAGCGGCAAAUGAAAUUUGUGCCCAGGAACUUGAUGUAGAAGACUUCUACCGGGAUCUAGGCAACGUGGGGUUGGAAUUUGGGCCAACCUUCCGUAACAUCAAAAAGCUGCGCCUUGGCGACGGAAAGACCGUAUUUGAACUCACCAUAGGUGACCCUGGGGAGAUAUUUAGUACCGGCCAUCCAGGACGCCAUCAUUUGAUUCACCCUACAACACUGGACUCGAUCUUCUCACCAUCCUUUAGCGCCGUUUACGAUGGGAGAACCCCACCAAAUCGACCACUCAUCCCUACUUUCAUUGAGGAGCUCACGAUAGCCUGUGAUAUCCCCGACGCAGUUGGCACCAGAAUGAAGGGUGUGGCGACGGCAAAGAUGCGCGGCUCUGGAGAGGUAUCCGCCGAUAUCAACGUCUUUGACGAGUCAGGGUCCUCUGCUUAUAUCACUUUGCGCGGAUUCCGAUGUACAACGGAAAUUUCAAAUGAGAGCCAGCCUCAAGGGCAGAGCAAUGCCACCCACUCUCUUCUAUGCUCUUAUCCGAGUUGGGAGUACGCUUACAGUCUCCUGGAACCGAGCGAGUUACAGCGCGUGGUCGAAGAUUCGGGUCCCACUUCGGACGCUAGAGUUGCCAAAAUUUGCGAGAUGCUGUUGUAUGAACAACCAGAAAGUAGAGUACUGGAGUUAUUGCCUGCCGCAGAAGACACGGAACUUUCCAUUCAAAGCAGUAUAACCUCUACUGCGAAGUUAUCACAGCCAGGCCUAGUGAAGCACGCCCUCUUUGGAUCAAAGACCGCGCCGAGCAACAAAGAAGUGCUCUGCAUUGGGGUUCCAAGUGACUCUAAGAACAGCGCCGACACGACUAAGCAAUAUGAUCUCAUCAUUGUUCCUGAGCGAUGCAAAGGCAUACCAGGUCUCCAUGGAUCUUAUCGUCAACUCAAGGCAUUGCUCUCACCCACUGGCCAGCUUAUAUGUGGCACUAAUCUGGGAACACCCCGCGUUACAGACGGCUUGACUCGUACGCUCUCAAUGGCUAAACCAAGCGGGUUUGUGGAAGUCUACUCAGCAACCCACAUAAAUGGCAUUCUUCCUGAAAGGGCUGAAGUCAUCAUCCUAGAGCCGCCUAAUCCAAGCAAUCGCGUGGCGGCAUUUACCGUGGAGUUGACUGCAGCUUUACGUUCUCACGGCGUUGAAGUUCGUAUCGAUGGUUGGGGAUCGCAAAUUCUCCAGGACGCUGCUGGAAAGCACAUAGUCAGCUUGCUUGAGCUCGAGAAUUCAUACCUGGAGAAUCUCUCAGCCAGCAACUUUGACUUGAUUAGAAGUAUUACGCUUACUUCCUCCAGCCUCAUUUGGAUCACUGGAUUCUCUGAACCUACCGCGUCUAUUGCUGCUGGGCUGCUCCGGUCCAUUCGGCGUGAGAGUGUUGGACAGCGGCUUCAGUUGCUUCAUCUCGACCCUAAAAUCUUAGAUGACCGCACCGGCGCGCACAUUACGGCACGAAUUUUUUGCUGCCACACGAAGGAGACCGAGUUCUUCGUAGAACAGGACGGAAUGGUGAAGCUCAACCGUAUUCGCCAGGAAACAAUCAUCAAUACAAAAAUUGCGUCACUCAUGAGCAAGGAGACUCACAUCCAGCCGCUCGGAGAGGUCGAGUAUCCCGUCAAGCUGGCUAUCGAGAAACCCGGUCUUUUGGACACUCUAUACUUUGAGAAGCACACUGGAUUAGCUGGCUCACUAGAGGAUGACAUGGUAGAGAUUCGUGUAGAGGCAUCGGGCAUGAAUUUCCGAGACAUAAUGAUAUCCAUGGGGAUCAUAGCUUCGACUGAGCUAGGAUACGAGGCUAGCGGUACAGUCACGGCUGUCGGCAGGGAGGUCAAGAGUGUCAAGGUUGGGGACCGUGUCUGUGCUCAUGUCGUUGGCGCCCACGCGACCUUCGCCAGGACGAAAGAUUUCAUGUGCGCAGCCAUACCCGACAGCAUAUCAUUUGAAGCUGGAGCUGCGAUGCCGGUGGUUUUCACAACAGCAUAUCACGCGCUGGUCAACAUCGCACGACUUCGACGGGGCCAGUCGAUUCUGAUCCACGCUGCUGCUGGUGGCGUUGGGCAAGCUGCUGUUCAACUAGCACAACACUUAGGGUUGACGAUAUAUGCUACGGUCGGCUCGACAGAGAAACGCAAUCUGGUCAAAACUCGCUACGGGAUCCCAGACGAACACAUCUUCUACUCCCGCGACGCGAGCUUCUCAAUGGGCGUGAAGCGCGUGACUAACGGUCGCGGUGUUGACUGCGUGCUCAACUCUUUGGCUGGUGAGUUGCUCCGCAACUCUUUCUACUGUCUCGCGCCACUGGGGAUCAUGGUAGACAUUGGCAGCCGCGACGCUCUCGACAAUAUGCGACUGGAUAUGAGGCCUUUCUCUCGCAGUGCCACCUUUGUCUCUUUCAAUUUGCUUGAUCUAGUGGAGCAGGCGCCUGAAGUUAUGGCACAAGCUACGCGCGACACCUUCGAAUUGGUUCGCCAGGGAGUGUUGCAGUCACCACACCCGCUUACGGUGUUACGGGUGAACCAGAUCCAGGAUGCAUUCCGUAUGAUGCAGAGUGGCAAGCACCUCGGAAAGCUGGUGAUCAGUUUUCAAGGCAAUCCAGGGAUUACUGUCCUACGAGACUCGCAGGACUUCCUUACGCUGAGUCCUGACUACACGUACCUUCUUGUAGGUGGUCUUGGAGGACUGGGUCGCAGUCUUGCUCGAAUGCUUGUAGGUUCGGGCGCUCGGAACCUUGCAUUCGUCUCUCGUUCUGGGGCAUCAAGUACAGACUCAUGUGCUGUUGUCGACGAGCUAGUCCAACUCGGGGCCUCAGUCAAGGCAUAUCAGGCCGAUAUCUCUGACAUGAAUGCAUUGAACCAAGUCCUUGACCGCUGCAGCGGAGAACUCCCUCCCAUUAAAGGCGUGUUCCAACUGGCUAUGCUGUUACGCGACAGCCUUUAUGAGACCAUGACACACCCACAGUGGGUCGAAGCCACUCGUCCUAAGAUUCAAGGGACAUGGAACUUGCACCAGUAUUUUGACCACACCCAUAAACUCGAUUUCUUCAUCAACUUGUCCUCCAUCUCCGGAAUCAUUGGAAACAAGGGCCAAGCCAACUACUCAGCCGGUGCCGCAUUUCAGGAUGCAAUCUCUCACCAUCGUCGCCGCCAGGGACUCAAAUGCGUGAGUCUAGAUCUUGGUAUCAUGCUCGAUGUGGGUGUUAUUGCGGAGAAUGGCUCCAAGGGCGACUUGAAACGCUGGGAGGAGGUCAUCGGCGUCCGAGAGCCGCUUUUCCACGCUCUCAUGAAGGCAGUAAUCAGCGACCAGGAGCAAAGCAAUCUUGCGUCAAGCCUUACCACACAGAUCUGUGUCGGUCUGGGUACAGCCGAGGCGUUCGAUGCCGCCGGCGUCCCCCGACCAGACUAUCUCACUGACGAUGCUCGCUUCAGUCCGCUCUUAGCGGUAGGCUCUAGCACCGGAAGUGCAUCUGCAACCCAAGGAGGAGCGCCCGCGAGCCUCAAGGCUCAACUGGCCGUCGUGACGUCCAUGAAACAGGCCGUAGACCUGAUCACGGGAGCGCUUGUGAACAAGGCUGCAGACAUUCUGCAAACUCCUAGCGUCGAGAUCGACCCCAGUCGGCCAAUCUACUUAUACGGAGUGGACUCAUUAGUUGCCAUGGAGGUGCGCAAUUGGAUCCGCCGUGAGAUUGAUGCUCAGGUCGCUAUAUUUGAUAUUUUGGAGGCAGUGCCAAUCACGCAGCUUGCGCAAAAGAUUGCGAAGCGAGCUAAUUCUAUAUCUAUCCCAGCAUAG